UGUCAAUAAGGAGAAUUUUCGUAAACAAUCUAAUGAAAUUGUAAAAUACCAAGUGCUUUCCGGCCUACUAGGAGGUGAAAAUGCAGCACAACUCCCAGGCGCACUUGUUUCAAAUACAGGUUAAAUCUCUAAUUAAAACUCUAAAAUGUCUGCAGUCGGACGAUAAAUACCAGGCGCUACUGUUUCUCAUUUCGGCCAUUAAGCUGUACGUCAAAUUUUUGUACAACGACACUCAAGAGCGCAUCUAUAAGCCGUCAAUACUCAAAGAAUUGAACAACAUUCAAAAUGUGAUUAUUGCAAAUUUGUUGAAAUCCCGAAAUGCUGUUUUAGCACCUUCGUCACUGUCAACCCCUGCAUGUGAAUUGCAAAGUAGCGUUCGCAAUAAUGUCCCAGAGGCAAAAGACAGUGAUGAAAUUUUACUUGUGCAUCCUUGCUCGAAAUCACUACUUCCACUUACACCCUAUGAACUCAAUGGAAAACUGCUGCGAGGUGGAUUGUUCGACGAUAUUCCUCUGGUCGGAGCAGUCCGAUUUAAACCAUGCAAGCGCCUCGGAAUAACAAGCAGCUUUGGAAAUGUUCAGCUCAAUCGCUCCCUGGUGCGAUUGAUCGCUUCCAGAAAUUUCAAACUUUUGUUCAACAUGUUUGAGCAAAAUGUUUUUCCCACCUGGAAAAUUUUCAAAACAGAACGUGCUAUUCGAACCCGCACUCGUCCUACAAUGCCCGCAAUUUGUUACAGCGGAGGAUCGUCUCAUUCACCUCCCGCAGCUUAUAUCAAGAAAGAGGAUUUUGAUUUUGAUCCUCCGUAUUCAAUUGGUGGAGAUGAUCCAUGUUUUGAAGAGCUCAAAGACGACGACGAGGAGCUUUUAAUGUUGAAGGAGGAUGACGAGGAAGAAGAUGACUCAAUAUCCAACGAAAUGUUCUCUGAAGAAUCAUCCACUAACAAUACUUCGCUAAUGCUUUCCUCCGACACGAAUACUUUGGAUACUAAUGAUUCCAAUAUGCUGUCUGGAGAGCGAUGUAAGGAACAAGUUUAUCAGUGUCUUCUCUGCGAUAAAAGUUACAGAAAACGGAAAUCACUGGUUAUUCACUUUAGCCAUCAUCCCGGUUUUUGCCCUGACUGCGGUAAACAACGAGGUGUAACUUCCGAGGAAAUAAUCGAACAUAACAGAGUAUAUCACAAAAACAGGCCUCACAUUUGCGAACACUGCGGCGAAACAUUCACUCGGAACCAACAGUAUCAGGUCCAUAUGCAAGGUCAUUUCAUCAGUAAAACUCGCGUUCAGGAACAAAAUUGUAAAAAAACUUACAAGUAUAGUUGUCGUACGUGUGGCAUUGUCUUUAAUAAUCAAAAGUAUUUAGAAAAACACGCCCAAAAAACUUGCCACCAGACGGAGGGCGUUGCUUGCGAUACUUGUGGUGCGAUUUUUUCUUCGGAUAUUAAACUCUACCAGCAUAUUGCAAGGACACAUGAAAAUGAAAAACGCUUUACCUGUGAACAUUGCGCUAAAGUAUUCAACCAAAAGGCGAAUCUCGAUCGGCACCUAUUGAUACACACCAAUGUCUCUGAAAAAAACUACCCUUGCGAGCAGUGUAGUGCCUCAUAUCUAUCAAUGACCUCUUUGAAGGAACAUAUUAAGAUUGCGCAUAGUGCGGAUGAUAAAUUCGAGUGCAACAUCUGUCACAAGUUGUUUGCUGCCAAACGUUCUUUAAAACGCCAUAAGUUAUGUCACUCGGAGGAAAGACCCUUUCCAUGUACGGUAGAGAAUUGCAAAGAAGCCUACAAGAACCAGUCCCAUUUGGUGCGUCACAUGAAGACUGCACACCACAUUGAACCGCCACCUAAACGACACCAAAAGGCCGUCAAGAGUGAACAAGGUGAGUUUGUACCGCUAGAUCCCAUUGGCACUGGAGAUUCCACUGCAAGUAAGAGCAAUCAAUUGAAGAAAUCGGUGAUCGGAGGCGGAAGUGACAAGUCAGUUGGGGAUAGCAGUACCAAUUUCAGCGAUAAUUUGUCGUCUUAUAACUAUGACUACGUUGAUACAAAUGUAGCUACAGUUGAUUCUGGUCAACAACGAUUGCAAAUGCUUGGACCUAGUGUAUCUAGGAUGGGGGGACCUGUUGCCGUAAAUUUCAACGACCCUGUUAUUGGGUAUUCUGGAACAUCUACUACUAGUGAACCAUUCGAAUGGCAGAAUCUCGAAUUUGGUGGCGGCGUUGUUAAUAGUGGAGGCAGUGGUCCAGGUCAAACACAGCUUAAUCAGCUUAACCAAGGCUAUAUAGACAGUACUCAUGUGGCCGGUUCUUCAAAUUACAUGGCUGCGGGUGUAUCAGGAAUGCGAACGUACACGGACCCCAACCUAAUUUGCGAACAUUGUGACGAAGUCAAUUUCCUGAAUAGUCAGCAAUUGCAAGCUCAUAUACAGGAUCACUUCACUGCGAAGGAAGGCAAAGAGCCUUCCGGAAAAAAGAUGCAACGAUUAUAUUGUAAAACUUGCAAUCUGGUGUUCUCCACCGGCCCUCAACUAGAUCGACACAUCCAGAAAACAAAUCAUCACACCGAUAGCAUCGUGUGUGAGCUAUGUAGUGCAAUAUUCAACUCUAAUCUCAAAGUUUAUCAGCACAUGCUCAAAUGUCAUAAAAAUGAAACCUGGCAGGCUUGCGAACAGUGCUCUAAAGUUUUCAUCUUAAAACAAGAGUAUGACAAACACCAGCUGGUGCAUCAAACCGUAACUGAUAAAUCUGUUAUCUGCGAACACUGUGCUUCAUCGUUUUUCUCGCAGGAGGCACUUAAGGAACAUAUCAAAAUUUCCCACACCGUGGAAAAGAAAUACGAGUGCAACAUAUGCAACAAACUAUUCGCAGCAAAGCGAUCGUUAAAACGCCAUAAACUUUGCCAUGAAGAGGAAGGCGCAUUUCCAUGUCUUGUCGAAGAUUGUAAAGAAUCGUUUAAGACACCUACCACUUUGGCAAAACACAAAAAAUUGGUUCAUAGCAUUGGACCUGAUCCCAGUGAAAAAGGCGGGGCGAAAGGAAAGGUAAAUGCUGCAGCGAAAGUAGCUAACGAUAAAUUGCUACCAGAGCCACCACCGACGACUGGGCCAUCAGUUAGCACCCCGGUACUCGCUAUGGGACCUGUUCCUGGUCCAUCUGUUCCAAUUAAAUUGGAACCACGGACACCUAGCGGUAUGUUGGUACCCCCUUCGCGGACUAGUAGCACGAGUAGCGCUGGUGCAGGUAGCAAUCCAAAUACAAUACCGUACGACCCGUAUGGUGCAGGAAUGCAUUACAAUAAUGCUAUGGGUUCCGGUCAACAACCGGGUACACACUUUACUGUACAAAACCCAAGCAGCGCACUCCAUUAUGGCACAAACGCAACAGGUGGUCGCACAGGAAAUGAACAAAACAUGACAUACCGGAUGGAUCCUAAUGCUUCGCCUUCUGCACCUGGACCUUACGGUCACGGCACUACUGGAGGCUACGGUCAGAUGAACAGUUCCUUUGAAUGGCGAAACAUGGAACUGCCAAACAGUAUUGACCCCGGAAUGGGAACAUCUAGCGCAAGCGCUGGCCAGACAGUACAAUCCGUGGCUGCUGCAAUGAAAGCUAAUAAAUAUUACCCAGUGAUGGAAUCCAGUGCCACCGCAGGUGGCGGGUUUAUUCAAUCCCAACAGUCGCCACAUCACCUUCAGCAGCAACAACAACAACAACAACAACUCCACCCACAUCAUCCACAGCAUCCACAUCACCAGCAAACGCAACAACAACAACAACCACCACCACAACAACAGCAACAGCAUCAAGUCGUUGGAGGCGCUACAGUUCUUCAAUCGAAAACUCCACAAGAGUCACAGCAACAUCAUCAACAGCAAAUGAUCAAUAUGAACAAUCAGGAGUUUAUGGGCUAUCAGGAAAUUUGGAACGCAAAUAUGGUAAAAAUGGAAUACCAAGAUGACGUAAACAACUCGAAUGUAUCAGGAAGCUCGUAUAAUAAUAUUGGAAACAUUUUAUCGAAUCUAGAACUGAUAGGUAAUAAUAGCAAUUAUGAGCAAAGCUAUGACAUCGUACCACCCACAGCUGGUGGUGGUGAUCCGCAACAUGCCCAGCAACAACAAGCUAACCAAACGGCAACGCAAGUACCGCAAGUUGCUCCCAAAAACAGCUAUCAUAAACAACAUAUGCACCAGCAACAACAGCAGCAGCAUCAGCAGCCAGGAAUGAUAAGCGUUGAAAAUCCAAUGGUGGUUCCACAUCAUCAUCAACAGCAGCAACAAUAUUUUCAGGAACAUCAUCCCCAACAACACCAUAGUAUCCAUCACCAACAACAACAGCAAUCACAUCAUCCUGGACAUCCCGGUCAUCAUGGUCAGUUGCAUAGCCACCACAAUCAGCAACAGACACCAAGUCCACAUCAUCAUCCACCUCACAUGCAGCAGCUUCAGGGAACGCAACAGCAGCAGCUGCAACAACAUCAGUACAAUGCACAUCUUCCACAUCAUCAGCAGCAGCCACAGCAUCCACACCAUCUCCAUCCGCAUGCACCAGGGCCACCUGGAUCGCAUCACGGUACAGCAGUUGGGCCAUCUGCUACUGGUCAUCCCCAUCAACUUCCACACCAUCAACAGCAGCCUGGCAUGAGUUAUCCAAACCAGCAACAUCCCCAUCAACCUCAUCAACAGCAGCAGCAGCAACAACAACAACAGCAACCACAAGAUCAUACUCUUACUGACAUAUCGAAAACCAAUAACUUACAGUUCGUCGACAGCUUCACCGAAUCGAUUGAUUAUCUACAACAGUCGUUUCAAUAUGUGUAAUAUUAAACACACAAGGUACCAAUGAAAAAAAUCCAGUUGCCUAAUGUCAUUCGUCUGAAACAGGUUUUCUGAAAGCUGCAUGCAUUACAUUGGUUUUUAUUCGGGUGUACACAUCUCAAGCAGUUGUGGGUAAUGAGAAGCUUUUGUCACUGUACCAUUGGUUGACGUGUCUAUUUUACGUUUUACUAAAAAAUAUGUCUUUAGAAGAUGUAUUGUGAGUAUUUGUCCCAGUUUUCGUCAGAUGUGCAAUUAUAAUUUUUCAAUCGCGUUUAAUUUAGAUCAUGCUGGAAAUGGUUAUAUUGAUUGAUACAAAAGUAACAAUCAAUCGAAUGCCUCUUUUUUCGAAAACUAUGUUGUAUUUCGAAAUUUAAGAUAUUUCAAUCAGUUAGCGUCAAGAACAGCACUAAGGAUUGUAUUAUCAUUUGCAUAUUGAACCAUUCGAUGUUUUUGAUUUGCCCCAGAUUAAAAUUGUAUUUAAAUUAAAUACAACUUAUUAGCAUAUACUUUUUCGUUUGUCUAAAUAAACCCACCAGCGAUAUGAGUGUGUGCACUAUCAGAAUCGCCAAUAAAACCUUCAUAAUCUCAUCUUCAUCCGUACUAUUUCUACAACCACGAUUACAAUUAUUCUCCUUCAUAAAAUACCUGCGAAAUCGUUUUUGUUUUCGCUGUGUACUCAUCGACCAUUGAUGGCUAGUAAGUAAGAAAAGGAAAGCAUUAGAUUUCAUCAAUAUUAUCAUCACCAUUAAAAUCAACGCAUCCAUAAGUUUUAACUCACAAUAGCAUCCACUCUAUUACUCCCAGAUUAGUUUAUGGAAGGUAAAAAAAAACUUUGCAUAUAUAGCGUCUAAGAAAGCGUUAAGAAACCUAUAUUUCAAUACAGAGCAUAGUGUCCGAAACGGAAUAAAAUAUAUAUUAUUAAUUUUAAGCAACUAUGAAGAAUCAAACGAUUGUAGUGUGGUGCGGAGCGACCGAGAUCAAACCCAGCAAGAAUUUAUAAAACAGUUUGACUGAGUAUUAAAAGCAGUAACGUAUGCCUGUGAGAGAUUGAUUUAAUUUCGAACUCAUGAAAUUUAAUAUUUAGUUUUUAAUGUUUUCGUAAAACAAAUAUAUUUGAGAGAACAUAAAAUUGCAAAAGAGUAGGUAUAAUAAUUGUGGAUGAAUGUGGCCAGCAGCAUUGAAGUAUGAUUGAGAAAAAGGACCGAGUAUAAAAGAAAGAACAUUGUAAUUAUAAUAAUAUAAGUGUUGAAAAAGAGUAAUAUGUUUGUAUUAGCUCCACAUUUUAGCUGUGGUAUUCAAAGCACACAUGCAAGCAGAGAAAUAAGUAUGUUUAGCCAGAGAGAGGUAAUAUAUAUUUAAACAACCGUGUGCGCCAGAAAUGGUGUGGAAUUUUAUUACAAAAUAUGUGCUGUCUUCAGUGACAGUGGAAUAAAAAUGUACAUCUCAAAUUUUUACUACCUAUCGUAUCUCAGAAAUAGAGUGACACUAACUUCUUGCAUGAACAAACGAGUGAGGGAGCGAAAACACACUUUACACAAACACGUAAACAUAAUUGCUAACAAUAACCGGAUAAGACACACCACAAGCAUACUUGUAUUGAAUAACAUACUUGCAUAAAAUAAUAUAUCGAUGAACAAGUGAAACAAACUAUUAAAACUAUUAUA